AUGGUGUUUGGACGCGGGCAUUUUACGCCCGCCGUCGUGCCUUAUGUGCAUGAUAUCAUUUUAUUGUCCAAUGCGUUCUCCAGGGUACUACGAAAUCAAAAGGCUAUCAUCUACCUGAAGAUCAAGUACGCCUCUGUGAUCGACAAUUUCAAGCCGCCCAACAUGACCAUGCUGCCAAAGCUGGACGAGCCGGCCGACUCAUCGCAGUGGCCUCCUGCGUGCCUUCAGGAUAUGAAGGAUCUAGAGCGCACGCACUCCUUCUUCAAAAAUCACGACCGCAUGCAAGAUAUCCUUGCAAAAACUGAACGGGAUUGCCUGUACCUCAACAUCUUCACGCCAGACGGAAAUGCACCAGAUCCAGGUUGGCCUGUAAUGGUUUGGAUACAUCCUGGUGAAUUUAUUAGUGGUGCUAUAUCUUUGUGGGAUGGUUCAACUCUUGCAGCUAAAAAUAAGGUUAUUGUUGUCACUGUGGCAUAUCGUUUAAACAUGCAUGGAUUUUGGACAGACGGAACUUGGAAAUUUCCAGGAAAUAUUGGAUUAAUGGAUCAAGUAGCUGCAUUACACUGGAUUAAAGAAAAGAUACAUCUCUUUAAAGGCUCACCUAAGGACAUUUGUCUAUUUGGGCAUGAUGCUGGAGCAAUUAGUAUUGGAUUGCAUAUGAUGUCUGGUUCCCCAUCUACUGGUAUGUUUUCUAGAGCCAUAGCUAUGAGUGGAAAUGCCUUUGUCCCGGGAGUUGUCAAGCCUUGGAAAGCCUAUGAAGAUUCCAAACAUCUAGUAGAUGCAAAUGUUAAAGACCGAUGCAUUAACAUUGACACUGGUAGCUGUUUGUCGGAUAGUGAACAAAUCCAUAGAUAUUCUGCUGGAAUCUGGGGACCAGUAAUUAACCAGGAUUACAAUGACUUCAUGAAAUUUGAUCCCAAAAAUGUAUUUAUUAUUGGGGAUUUGAGUAUGCCCUUGGACGGUCGUUUCCAAAAGGUUGAUCUAAUGAUUGGUUACACUCAAAUGGAGGAUAUUCUUUCAGUAAUAGAUAAUUAUGAUGUUGAGAAAGGUGUCCCAGAGUCUUCAUUAAAUAAUGUAAUAGAAGCAAUUGUAAAUCAUGAUGUAAGUAAUGUAGACAAUGAAACAGACAGCUGCACUCCCAGUUUUGAUCACUUAAAGAAAGCUAUUGAGUUUUACUAUAAACCUACUCCUCUGUCUACUGAGAAGAUGUAUUAUGAAAAAUUGGUAAACUUAGUAACAGAACAAAAAUAUGGAUCUGGCACAUACAGGCAAGCAAUGGAAGUUGCUGGUACAGGUGCUUCAGUAUUUGUGUAUCGAUUUGACUAUAAACUUAAAACAAAAAUUCCUAAUGAUGCAGAUUUAAGUUCAGACUCUCUAACAGUACCUCAUUUUUAUGAUUUACCCUUUGUUUGGGGUAUGCCCUAUUAUCAGUCAUGGUCAAAAAUAUCAGCUUGGAACAAUGUUGAUAGAAAACACACAGAUACAGUAAUGCAACUAUGGACUAACUUUGCAAGAUCUUCAAACCCUGCGCAGGGAGCAGGUACUGUGAAAUGGGAAAAGUUUGAUGAAAAUUCACCUGGUAUAAUGCUUCUUGAUCGUAAUCCUAAUAUGACUGAUCCUCUCAACCCACAAGGGGUAGAUUAUAAAUCAUUUGUAUUUUGGAAUACAUAUUAUCCAACUGUUAAGGCUGCUCCAAUUAAUUGCUGCAAUAUGACAGCUGGUGGGUUACAACUACAGUAUGAGUCUGUCACAGUAGCAAUGUGGACUUUUUUCGUAGGAGCUCAAUAUGUCAUAUUAAACUAGAUAUCAAAUUUUGAUGCAAACAAUAAAACUUAUAUUAUUUUGAAAACUUCUGAAAAAGUGAAAUAUUAAAUAAAAAAUAAAAAUAUCAACAUGUGUCUACCAAAUUCUUAUUUUCUUAUUCUGGGAAAAUUAAAAUUUUUGGGACAAAUUCUGAACUACUAAUGCCUGUGAUUAAUAAAAAGCAAAUUGUUUUCUUACCAUAAUAAAAGAAUUGAUUUCAUUCAUUAGAGAAAAUGGUAUUGGAAGAUAUACUUUACUAUAUGUAUUUUAUUGAAAGUCAGCGUGGAAGAAUCAAACUACCACAAAAUGGGAAUAUGCCUUUGUUAAAAAAAUAUAUUUCAAUACACAUAAGACAUGGACUCGAUUUGUGAUCUGGCAAUAUGAAGUUCAAAGGCUCACAAACCCAAAUAAAAAGUUAUACUUUUGCUCCAAUGUGAAUUAGUUCUUCUUGUCACACAGAAAGGAAUGAGAUUAAGCAUAGGAAUGAGAUCUUGCAUUUAUUUCUAAGGUUUUUGCAACAAUUCCCAUGUACAAUAUAAAUUGCAUGAUUUUCAACCCAUAGUGAUGGAAAAGGCAAGAUCAGGUGAGGUAUUCGGGUGUAAAUAAUGGAAGGUUUCAUAAGAAAUACAUUGUAAGACCACUAUUUACAUAAAACGAGCUGCACAUGCCAUAAUGUAUAAGUGAAUUACCAUUGCAAUUUGUUGUCUGUUCUUGAAACAUGUCAGACAUAGAGCAACUCUUUUAUAAAACAUACAAUCUGGUUUUCACUUAAAAUGUCAAAUGUGAUUAUUUAUGCUCUAAUAUUUGAAAUUAAGUAACAUGAUCCACACUCACUUCAGUACGACACUGAUAUAACAUAAAUAUUUAAGAUGUUUUAUAUAAAAUAUAAUUUCUCAAUAUCAAAUAUUUUUGGAAUUAAAAUCAGAUAAUUUCUUAGUCUCAUACUUGGAAAGUGAUUGACAAACUAGGAACAUCAUUCACAAAUUACCUCUGCACAAGUAAAAUGUGCUUGGUACAUUUUAUUUCCCUAAAUUUUUUGUUAUAGAAAACACUUUUAAGUUUGCUUUUUUAAUCUUUUCAAAUAACAAGGAAAUCAGAUAAUAAC